GUUUUCUAGCUCAUUCCUGUCACACAGGACUGAUACUGCAUGACGCCGUCUGUUACUAGUACAGGUAUCCUAUAUUGUGUAUAGGCAUAGUAACACAGACUUCUAUCAUGUGAACGAGACAUGAAUAUAUCGCAGGUGGCUUACCUUAACCUGCCAUUUGCACCAUCCGGGACUAUGUGCCGGUAUCACAAAGGUAACACCGCUGCCUAUAGCUGGAAGUUACGACUGGUAAUCAUGCAGGGAGAGUAGGUCCGGAGAGUAUGAUCGUGCUUUGCUUAGCAAAGCGAGGCUGCAGUCGGCCGGUUUCGCAACGAGAUAUCGUGAGUGCUGAGACCAGAGGAGAAAGCUCAAGAAAGCUUAGGGCUCUAUGCUUCGAGUCGCCGGGAACCAAGUCGACGCAUAUAAACCGACGACGAUCUGCUCUGCAUAGACGAAUGAACACACAUAUCCAUCCUUCAUCACUUCUAGACCUCCCGAGCUUCGCAUCAACCUUGAAACAAGCCAUCAACACCACCAACCAGGCAUAAUCCUACAAAAUGCGCUACUCCUUUGUCCUCCUCGGCGCUAUCUGCGCUACCUUCGUCAGUGCUGCUCCACUUGACAUCAACCGCCGUGCCGUGACCACUGCCGAUACCGCUUAUACGAAGGAAGUCUCAGACAAGCAAUCCUCCAAUGCCGCUGACACCGCCUAUACCAAAGAGGUCUCCAACAAGAGGUCUGGAGGUGCGGCUGACACUGCCUAUACCAAGGAAGUCCCAGACAAGAGAUCAGUUGGUGCUUCAGAUGCAGCGUAUACUAAGGAGGUCUCUGAUAAGCGCGCCGCCAACGGCGUCGAUGCCGCUUACACUAAGGAGAUACCGGACAAGCGAGCCGUUGGCGCCGCAGACGCUGCUUAUACUAAGGAAGUCUCGGAUUAAGAUCAAGUAUGAGUUGAGCCAAUUCAGGGGGUUUCUGCGAGAUGAUCAAUUGGCCACUAAUUGGUUGGAAACUGGAUUGGAUAAGGAGGAG